CUCUCUCUCUCAGAAAAAAUCUAUAACUCUCUCUCUCUCUCUCUCUCCUUUCGCCAGUCUCUCUACUGGGGUAUAUAAGGACACCGAAAAAUAAUGGCGGUUGUGCGUUGAUUGAUUGGAGCAGAGCACAAAGAAAGAGAUAGGUAGAGAGAGAAGGUAAAGCAAAGCUAAGCAAAGCAAAGAAGCAGAAGCAGAACCACUAGUACUACCACCACCAUUACCAUUUACCACCACUACCAUCACCUCCACCUCCAUUUCCAUUACUAGAAAUCAGCGUACAAGGUCUAGAAUUCAAACCUCUGGUUCAUCGCAUGCCCUGUGACAGCUCUAUCAUUCUGUGAUGUAUCUUAAGUUUCCUCGGAGAGAAAAUGCUCUGAUCCAAGCUAGAUAUAGGUCUCUGUAGCCUGCGCUGCUUUGGCCGCUAGUAUGUUGAGAUCUGGUCUUUCUGGGGUUUACGGUGAAGUAAUCUUGUGCGCCGUGGAGGAAAAUUUAGAGGUUUUUGUGCGUACGAGAGGCUGAGAUCUGGUGACUUUGCUGGGUGUGUUUUGUGUAUUUUUAGUAGUGGGUCUGUGUUUGAGCUUCUGGGGCUGGAGAUUGGGUUAAUUGGGUGCUGGAAGGAGGGACUCAUGAGCUGUGUAGCUGAAUUUUUAGAGGUGUUGUGAUUCUUUGAGCUGGAAUCUGGCUGGUAUGCUGAAACAUCGAUGCAUGAAGAGUUUGCGGUUCGAGAUUGAGAUCUUCUGGGGUUUGUGGGUCACUGGGAUUUCGAGCGGAUGAGGCUGAAAAAUAUCGUUUUCUGUAGUGAAAAAGGUUUUGGUUGAAUAUUCCGGAGGUGGGUGUUGUUGGGUUUUGGGGUAUUUGCCUUCCAAUGAAGGUUUUGUAUCAGUAGCAAAUGCUUUGUGUUGAGUUCUGGUGGGUGUUGGAAGUGAUUGAAUGGCUGUGGCGGAGGCAUGUUGGUGUUCUGUGAGGGGGGAUAGCGAAAAACGGCCGUGGCGUGGUGUGCUUCUUUGAUUGCGGGGAAUUUCCUGGUUCACUGGUGUGGCUGUGGUAUUUUGGAUCUUUUUUGAGAACUGGGUCAAACCAGUUGCUUCGAAAUUAUUGCUAAAUCUGCAGAAAUGAGGCUGUCUACUGCUGGUUUUGCUUCUCAACCGCAGGAAGGGGAAAGGCGAUGUCUGAAUUCCGAGCUGUGGCAUGCUUGUGCGGGUCCUCUUGUUUCCUUGCCUACUGUUGGAAGCCGUGUUGUUUAUUUUCCGCAAGGUCAUAGCGAGCAGGUUGCUGCAUCAACCAACAGGGAAGUGGAUGCCCAAAUUCCCAACUACCCAAGCUUACCUCCACAACUUAUCUGCCAGCUUCACAAUGUGACCAUGCAUGCAGAUGUUGAGACUGAUGAAGUUUAUGCUCAGAUGACGUUGCAACCUCUUAGUCCGCAAGAGCAAAAGGAUCCCUACCUUCCAGCAGAGCUGGGGGCACCCAGCAAACAACCAACAAAUUAUUUCUGUAAAACAUUGACAGCUAGUGACACAAGUACUCACGGGGGAUUCUCUGUUCCACGCCGGGCAGCUGAAAAAGUUUUCCCUCCACUGGACUUCUCCCAGCAGCCUCCGGCCCAAGAGUUGAUUGCUAGGGAUCUUCAUGAUAAUGAAUGGAAAUUUAGACAUAUAUUUCGCGGUCAACCCAAAAGGCAUCUUCUAACAACUGGGUGGAGUGUGUUCGUAAGUGCCAAGAGACUUGUUGCUGGUGAUUCAGUCCUUUUCAUCUGGAAUGAGAAGAAUCAAUUGCUGCUUGGUAUUCGGCGUGCAAGUCGGCCACAAACAGUAAUGCCUUCAUCCGUUUUGUCAAGUGAUAGUAUGCACUUGGGGCUUCUUGCUGCAGCAGCUCAUGCUGCUGCAACAAAUAGCCGCUUCACCAUAUUCUACAACCCACGGGCUAGCCCUUCUGAGUUUGUCAUACCCUUCUCCAAGUAUUUUAAAGCAGUAUAUCAUACUCGUGUUUCUGUUGGCAUGCGUUUUCGGAUGCUCUUUGAAACAGAGGAGUCAAGUGUACGACGCUACAUGGGCACAAUAACUGGCAUCAGUGAUUUAGAUCCCGUUCGAUGGCCAAACUCCCAUUGGCGGUCGGUAAAGGUUGGCUGGGAUGAGUCAACAGCUGGGGAAAGGCAGCCUAGAGUCUCCUUAUGGGAGAUUGAACCUUUGACGACAUUCCCGAUGUAUCCAUCUGCAUUUCCCCUUAGACUCAAGCGACCAUGGCCACCAGGCCUCCCCUCUCUCCAUGGCAUCAAGGAUGAUGAUCUGGGAAUGAAUUCUCCACUCAUGUGGCUCCGAGGAGAUAGUGUAGACCGUGGGAUUCAAUCAUUGAACUUUCAGGGAAUUGGGGUUACGCCAUGGAUGCAGCCAAGACUUGAUCCAUCCAUGAUUGGGCUGCAAACUGACAUGUACCAAGCUAUGGCUGCUGCUGCACUUCAAGAUAUGAGGGUUAUGGAUCCUUCCAAGCAGGCACCCCCAUC